AUGUCCGGCUUGCCCCCGUGUCGCCGCUGCGUUGAACAACAGCUCGAGUGCGUGCUUGCAAAGUCGAGGCGUGGAGGCCGCAGGAUCAAGGGCGUUCGCAACUCUGGUAUUCAGCAGCCGCCGCCCAAGCAUGACCGCCAUCUCGGCCCGCCGUGGGAGCCCCGCGACCCUGCCAGCUCUUCGCCCGACGAGGACGAGAGUGACUACCGUGCCAGCAGACAAGGGAGUCAGUCUCGUCCUGCGCAGGCACCGGCCGACGCGGAUCCGGCACGAGGAUGGCCGGCCUCUCCACAACAUGCCGGCAACUGGCGAGCAGACUGCCCCGACGCAAGAUCCACACAGGAAAAUGCAGAUUCGAGGACGGGUUCCGAGGGACUGGAGGGCCAUAUCGCCACUACAGACCUGUUGAAUCCCUCCGACGCCCUUGAUUUGCUUGCCCAGGUUGCCGACCUGGACCCCGGCAGGCAGCCCAACGCAUCGACGGGCCAAGCCGGCCGCGGCAACGGACACGUCGGCGGAAUGCACCCGACCGUCGGUAGAUCGGCCGCCAGCUACUACCCUCCCUUGGAUGACGGUAUUCUGACGCCUUCCGACGCCUCCUAUCUCGUGAAGAAGUACCACGACAGGUUCCAUCCUUUCUUCCCCGUGGCGUACGCCAGCAUAUUCGAAGAGGGUCCCAUAUCAGAAUGGGCCGAGAAGGAGCCUCAUCUUUUGACGGCCAUCCUCACGGUGGCUUCCAAGGAUGAUCCCACCUGGUUCAGGGUGUACGACGCAUGUUCUCGCCAUAUCGAGAGCUUCAUGUCCACCCUCAUCUAUGCAGGGUCGAACUCGGUAGGGUCCGUCGAGGCACUGCUGAUCCUGGCCGAAUGGGCACCGCAGCGUCCACAAGAGAAUUCCGCCAUUGGCUGCGGACAAGAGGACCACGGUGCCUGGAUGCUGGUCGGCCUGGCCGUCAGGCUGGGAUACCUGCAGAGACUGGAGCAGACGGCGCUUUUACCGGACGAUCAAAAGCCUUCUGCCGAGGUGUGCAGAAAGCGUGUGGUUUGGGCGGCUUGCUACAUGAGCGACCGACAGGUCUCCAUUCGACUGGGCAAAGGCUUUUGGUCACGCGGUCCCGGCCCGGCCCUCCAUCUGCGGGCGGCAGACUUUCCGACUCUGCAGGUCCAGACCCUUGGCCCGGACAAUAUGGGACUCUUGUUCCAGGCGCAUCUCGAGCUCACGCAGCUGAUUAGCAAUGCUCACGACAUCUUGUACUCGUCCACCAGCCACAGGAAGCAGCUGUACGUAGGCGGUGAAUAUGUCCGAUACAUUGAUGACUUUGCCCAGUUGGUCCGGAAAUGGAAGCUCACGUGGGCAAACCACAGCUUCACACCACCAGUCAAGGCGUCGUUGGUCUUGUCGUUUGAAUUCCUCCGCCUCUACAUCAACGCAUUUGCCUUCCAGGCGAAUCUGAACCGAGCAGCCGCGCGAAAUGCCGAGGUCGGCCCGGGAAAGGCCGGCGGGCCGCUGUUUUCCAACAUUGCCGGAAAGCCGGACGCACGGUUCAUAUACGAGUCCAUCGACGCGGCGAAUUCACUGCUCAGCAUCUUGAACAGCUUCAUAGACCCCGUGGCGGGGCUGAAGUGCAUGCCUCUCAAGUACUGUCUCUACGUCAUCUACGCGGCCGCCAGGCUGGCGGGCGCAAUAACUAGCGAGGGCGACCGGGGAGUCGGACGCGCGAUCCACGGCACUAUAACACAGCUGCAGAAAACGUCCAGCAACCCGCAGAGCCUCGGGAGGCGAUACGCCACCUCGCUCCGGCUGCUCUGGAGGAAGUCGUCUGCAAAGACGUCCACCAAGGCCGCCGCCCGCACUGACCCGGUGGCCGAGCCACCAGAGCCCCCGGCGGACCAGCCGGAGGGGCAAGGGGAUAGCAUUGUGCCAUCGGCGACGAGCAAGCCCACCAUGGACAUGGACCCGUUGAGUGGGUUUUCGUGGCGGGACCUGGACUCGCUGGGACAGUUCAUCGCGAACAACACGGCGAUGAAUAUGGCGGACGGGAUGCUCGCCGGCGCAGACUUUGACUGGGAGCACAGCUCGGGAGGACUCGAUGACCUCGCGAUGCGGCCGCAGUUUGACACGAUGUGGGCGGGGCAUGACAUUAUUUUCUAG